AUGAAUUUGAAAUUGGCGGCUAUUUUGUUUGUGGGGGCCCUCGUUGCCUCUGCUGCGGGAAAACCAAGCACGAGAGCCGAAAGCUGCUCCAAAGACAACUGCAAAGCGCCCGACUGCAGAUGUCUCUCCAAGGAGGCUCCAAAUGGUCUCAGCAAGGCGGAGACUCCUCAAUUCGUGAUGUUCACUUUUGAUGAUGCCGUCAACGUUCAAAACAUUGUUUACUACGACCAGAUUUUCGCCAAGAGGGUCAAUAAGUUGAACGGUUGCCCAGUUGCUGGCACUUUCUUCAUCUCCCACGAGUACUGCGACUACGAACUGACACACAAACUGUACAAGGCAGGUCACGAAAUCGCCCUGCACUCCAUCAGCCACAUCUCCAGCACAGAAUACUGGAAGAACAUCAAAGUUGAGGAUUUGGUCAAGGAGUUCCAAGGCGAGAAGGACAUCAUCGCCAAAUUUGCACAGAUUAAUAAAACUGAUAUUCAAGGUCUUCGUCUUCCCUUCCUCCAAAUGAGCGGCAACAACUCCUACGAGAUGAUGCCCAAAGCCGGUCUGGUGUACGACAGCUCCUGGCCAACCCAGAACAUGGACAACCCUCCAAUCUGGCCAUACACCUUGGACUACUUGCAACCAGCACAGGAUUGCCCGAUCGGACCAUGCCCCAAUAAACCCCAUAAGGGCGUCUGGGUGAUGCCAAUGGUGAACUGGAGGGAUGAGGAUGGUGUACCAUGCGCGAUGGUGGACUCUUGCUUGAAAUAUCCAACCGAUGAUGCUGAUAAAUUGAAAAACUUUAUGAUCAAGAACUUCGAGAAGCACUACAAUACGAGCAAGGCCCCCUUCGGGUUCUACGUUCAUGCAGCCUGGUUCAACGUAAACCCUCUUUAUUUGGAAGCCUAUAUUAAAUUCAUUGAUUACCUCCAAACCAAAAACGACGUCAUUUUAACAAACAAAGCUAAGGUUAUCGAAUGGAUCAAAAAUCCAGUACCUUUGAGCCAAUUGAAAGACUCCCAAUGGUCGAAGACUUGCCACAAGCCUUCUGCUCUAGGAUGCACUGGACAGACAUGCAAAGUCGUCAGGAAAGACAUCAAUGAGGACCGUUACAUGAGAAUCUGUGGAGGUAAAUGUCCAGAUGUCUACCCAUGGUUGGGAAAUCCAACAGGACAGCUAAAGAACGUUUAA